AUGGCCUCCCUCCGCACCACCGCCCGCCUCUUCGCUGCGUCGCGGCCGCUGUUCCGGCCCGCCAGCUUCGCUCGCUCCUAUGCGACCGUUGAGGCCAAGUCGGUCGACCCUGUUCCCUCCGACAACCCCAACAUGAAGACCUUCAAGGUCUACCGCUGGAACCCGGACACCCCGACCGAGAAGCCCACCAUGCAGAGCUACCAGCUCGACCUCAACAAGACCGGUCCCAUGAUGUUGGAUGCCCUCAUCCGUAUCAAGAACGAGCUCGACCCGACCCUGACCUUCCGCCGUUCCUGCCGUGAGGGUAUCUGCGGUUCUUGCGCCAUGAACAUCGACGGUGUCAACACCCUGGCCUGCUUGUGCCGUAUUCCUACCGACACCGCCAAGGAGUCUCGCAUCUACCCUCUGCCUCACACCUACGUCGUCAAGGAUCUCGUCCCCGAUUUGACCCUCUUCUACAAGCAAUACAAGUCGAUCAAGCCCUACCUCCAGCGUGAUACCCCUACUGCCGAUGGUCUCGAGAACCGCCAAAGUCCCGCGGACCGCAAGAAGCUCGAUGGUCUCUACGAGUGCAUUCUGUGCGCCUGCUGCUCGACCUCCUGCCCCUCAUACUGGUGGAACAGCGAGGAGUACCUUGGUCCUGCUAUCCUCCUCCAGUCUUACCGCUGGCUGGUCGACUCACGUGACGAGAAGACCGCCGAGCGCAAGGCCGCUCUCGACAACAGCAUGAGCGUGUACCGUUGCCACACUAUCCUGAACUGCACACGGACCUGCCCCAAGGGUCUGAACCCUGGUCGUGCUAUUGCUGAGACCAAGAAGAUCCUGGCCGCUUAG